AUGGAUCGCACUAUCGCGCGUGCGGUGACGGAUAAAAAGCCGGUCCCGGAGAUCGACUUUACGUUACAUGUUAUGGAAGAUGGCACUCAGGUGUCGACCAUGGAGCGAGUAAUUAAAGAGGUGCAAGCGCCGGCGUUGAACACCCCGCCGGACGACCUGUUCUGGUCUCGUGAAGACCCUUCUAAGCCCAACCUGCAGUUCCUCAAGCAGCACUUCUACCGCGAAGGUCGUCUCACUGAAGAUCAGGCACUAUGGAUUAUACAGGCCGGUACUCAGCUCCUCAGGGCUGAACCCAACCUGCUGGAAAUGGAUGCGCCCAUCACCGUGUGCGGUGAUGUUCACGGACAAUAUUACGAUUUAAUGAAGCUCUUCGAGGUCGGCGGAGAUCCUUCCGAGACGCGCUAUCUCUUCCUCGGUGACUAUGUGGACAGAGGUUACUUCAGUAUUGAGUGUGUCCUGUAUCUCUGGGCUCUCAAGAUCUGGUAUCCGAAUACGCUCUGGCUCCUGCGGGGUAACCACGAAUGUCGGCAUUUGACGGACUACUUCACUUUCAAGCUUGAGUGCAAACACAAAUACAGCGAGCGCAUCUACGAGGCAUGCAUCGAAUCGUUUUGCUCCUUGCCGCUGGCGGCGGUCAUGAACAAGCAGUUCCUCUGUAUCCACGGAGGUCUCAGUCCCGAGCUGCACACUCUGGAAGAUAUCAAAGCGAUUGAUCGCUUUAGGGAGCCUCCGACUCAUGGCCUGAUGUGCGACAUCCUCUGGGCCGAUCCUCUGGAAGACUUUGGGCAGGAGAAGACUGGUGACUACUUCAUCCACAACAGCGUCCGUGGAUGCUCGUAUUUCUUCUCAUACCCCGCGGCGUGCGCCUUCCUCGAAAAGAACAAUCUUCUCUCCAUCAUUCGGGCGCACGAGGCACAGGAUGCCGGUUACCGCAUGUACCGCAAGACACGUACGACCGGUUUCCCCAGUGUCAUGACCAUCUUCAGUGCUCCCAACUACCUGGAUGUCUACAACAACAAGGCCGCCGUCCUGAAAUACGAGAACAACGUCAUGAAUAUCCGACAGUUUAACUGCACGCCUCACCCGUACUGGCUCCCCAACUUCAUGGACGUCUUCACCUGGUCGCUUCCCUUCGUCGGUGAGAAGAUUACGGACAUGCUUAUUGCCAUUCUCAACACCUGCUCCAAGGAGGAGCUUGAAGAUGAUACCCCCACAUCGGUCUCGCCCACCGCCGCACCCCCCUCUCCUCCUGCGGCGAUGGAUGUCGAGAGCAGCGAGUUCAAGCGACGUGCGAUCAAGAACAAGAUUCUUGCCAUUGGACGUCUGUCGCGUGUGUUCCAGGUAUUGCGUGAAGAGUCCGAGCGGGUCACCGAACUCAAGACCGCUGCGGGAGGUCGUCUCCCAGCGGGUACUCUGAUGCUGGGAGCGGAGGGUAUCAAGCAGGCCAUCACCAACUUCGAAGAUGCUCGCAAGGUCGAUCUGCAAAACGAACGUCUGCCCCCGUCGCAGGAAGAGGUCAUCCGGCGCAGCGAAGAAGACAGACGCAUUGCCUUUGAGCGGGCGCAUCAUGAGGCAGAGAACGACGCCGGGCUGGCGACUGUGGCCAGGCGGAUUAGCAUGUCGGCGGGAUCGGGCAAGACUCGGCGACAAAGGGAUGCUACUCGGGAUUCUCGAGAAGCAUGA